UUGCCCCAUUUCCAGCAAAAUCGCGACAGUUAGCAAUUCUCGCUUGUCGGUAAAGAGCGGAGGCGCGAGUAAUUUCGAAGAUUGCCGUUACGUGAUCUUCUCGCGGUCUUCGCGGAGUUUUCCGGACUGGAGAACACGGUGGGGCUGCGCCGCCGUUUAUAAACGUCACCGCUACAGCCGACAACGUUUCAGUCGUUUUUUUGCCACGACCGGUGAGUAUCGUUUGUUCGACACGAUCGUUCCGAUCGACGAAGAUUUACAAGCGCAACGAGAGUCAUGAAGCCCAUUGUUCUGUUAGCGUUGGUGGUGGUGUGCACCCUCGCUUUUGUCGAGAGCACGAGCGCCGUGCCUGCGGACACGACCACCACCGUGUCGACGAAACGUGUUAAAGAGCCUAAGGAGAUCAAGGAGACGGCAACCGCGUCGAAAGACGUGAAAGCGGCCAAAGAAGCAGCGAAAAGGAAUAAGAAGGACUGCGCGAAAGAAUGUGGAGUGGCGUACGAACCGAUUUGCGUGCACGAUCCGAACGACGCCAACUUCAAACCGAGGACGUUCGGCACUCAGUGCGCCCUGGACGUUCACAACUGUGAAAUGGGAACGAAGCUGGUGGUGAAGAACAAGGGCGAGUGUCCUGGAUCUGGCGGCGUGGUUCUCUCUUGAACAACGAACGAUUCUCUCUCUUAUCCGGCUGCAAACAAACAAACAAUGUAAAACAAACCCGCCAAUGCUUGAACGCUUAUGCGAAGUCGCGCUUGGGCUCUAGAUCUAGCUUUAGCGAGAAUAAAACUCUCGAAUGGAAAUGAUACCGAACAAAGGAAAUAAAGGAAAUUUCGUAAAAUCAGAGAAA